AUGUUUGAUUUUUAAUUCAUAUCCAUCAUCAUUAUUUUAGGAUUUAGUUUGGCAGCAUGGACUGCUGAUCUUCUUAAAAUAGGCUAUGGCAAGCAUUUAUCUCAUUAUAUGAAGUUGACCUUACCACCAAAAAUAGGGUGGAUCCUCUAUGAAUGUCCUAAUCUAAUUUGGUUUGUGUAUUUUCUCUCAGACAUAAGGUUUGAUAUAAAUAGAUUACCAAUUCUAUUAUUUGUUACACAUUACUUCAACAGAGUGAUCAUUUAUCCUUUAAGGUAAUCACUAAUUUAUCUAUGAAUUAAGACUAUCUCCACUUGCAAGACCCAUCCCUAUUGAAGUUGUAGCAAGUGCCAUCUUAUUUACAACAUGUAAUGGCUAUAUCUAAAUAUCAACUCAUUUAAAUCGAGAUCUUCAAUUCCAAUUCAAUGACUAUUUAAGAAUUCUUGUUGGAAUCUUAAUAUUCAUUUAUGGAAUGACAUCUAAUAUCAAAUGUGAUAAUAUAUUGAGAAGUUUGAAGAAAGAAAACUCAAAUGAAUACAAGAUACCACAUGGCAAUUUAUUUGAGUUAGUAUCAUCUGGGCAUUACUUAGGGGAAAUAAUUGAAUGGUAAGAAUAAUUAAAAAAUAAAAAGGUUUGGGUACUUUUUAGUGAGUGGAUAAUGGAGUGGAUUCCUAUUUUUCUUUUCAACUUUAUCUAUUCUUUCAGCUAGAGCUAUUUCAACACAUAAAUGGUAUAAGAACAAAUUUGAUAAUUAUCCUAAAAAAAGAAAAGCUAUAAUCCCUUUUAUUUUGUGAC